AUGCAAGCAUCUGCACAAAAUGGGGACCAUGCUGCUACCCUUCCGCAUCAUGAGCCGCCUCCGCCAACCGCCCCCAUAGAUACUACGACCGCCGCUGGGCGUAUACCUCGCGAGCGCACCGAUUCCCAAUCCACCACCGCCACCACUUCCACCCGACCCACUGCCCGAGUCACUCGCUCAAGCAUGGUCUUCAUUAUCAAAGCCUUGGAAGACAUUGCCAAUUCGAAAGAUGCGAAGAAGCGGAAAGCUCUGGGCGAUGCCGCGCAAAGAGCACUCCAGGCGAUAAAUGGGGCGCAGGGCGAUACAUUUCAGAUCGACCCCGAGAUCAUCUUCGAACCGCUGAGCCUGGCGACAGAGGCGACAACUGUCUCUGUGGUUACGGCUGCGUUGGACUGCAUCGGAACACUGAUCAGCUAUUCCUACUUCUCCCUCCCUGCCCCAUCGGACCCUGCCGCUGGCGCAUCUCCUCCCGAGAAACCACCUCUUAUCGACCGCGCAAUCGACACAAUAUGUGACUGCUUCCAGGGCGAGGCCACACCGAACGAAGUCCAGAUGCAGAUCCUGAAGAGUCUGCUGGCUGCUAUCCUCAAUGACAAGAUUGUGGUUCACGGCGCGGGUUUGCUCAAGAGCGUUCGUCUGCCAUACAAUAUUUUCUUGUUGAGCAAGAGCAGUGCGAAUCAACAGAUUGCUCAAGGGACGCUGACCCAGAUGGUGGGAACGGUGUUUGAGCGGGUCAGUGCACGGUUACGAGCGCGCGCCAUACGAGCGCAGUCGAAGACCAGUCUAGAGAACGUGUCUGCGGAGCCGAAGGCGAAUGGAGAUGCAUUGCAUGCAUCAGCCGGGGAUGAUACACCCACAGCAUCCACUCCCGCGACGGAAGCAGAAGAUCCCAUGGGUGAAGAGCGGCAGAAGAUGACGCUGCAGACGUUCGAGACCAGACAAAGCUUCGACGACUCGCGACUCACGGACUCUGCUCCUACAACGGUGACCCGAGCGAGGAGAAGUGGCACUCUGGGCAAGCAGCACUCUUCAAGAACGGCCUCUGGCCACGACCUUCCCUCCAUCACCGUCCAGGGCGAAGGCGCGGAUUCCAUCAUCUCCGAAGACGACGAAGAGGACGAAAUCUAUAUGAAAGAUGCCUUCCUUGUUUUCCGUGCCAUGUGCAAGCUCUCCACCAAACCUCUGCGCGUCGAAGAUGCGCUGGAUGUGCGGAGUCAGGGGAUGAGAAGUAAGCUCUUGAGCUUGCACAUCAUCCACACGAUCCUCUUCAACCACUCCGUGGUAUUCACGUCUCCUCAAGCUACCAUCAGAAGUCCGGGUUCUCGCGAAGCAACCGGCUUCACCCAAGCAGUCAAGCAGUAUCUUUGCUUAAGUCAAAGCCGGAAUGGUGCUAGUUCCGUGCAGAAAGUAUUCGAGGUCUCCGCCGAGAUCUUUUGGUUGAUGACAAAGUAUCUCCGGCCGCAGCUGAAACGAGAACUGGAGGUCUUCCUGAAAGAAAUCUAUCUGGCUAUCCUGGAUAAACGCGCCGCACCAACUUGGCAGAAGACGUGUGUCGUUCAAAGCCUGUUUGCGCGUGUUAGUGCGGAUCCGAAGGCUUUGGUCGAGAUCUAUCUCAACUACGACUGCGACAAUACAGCGCUCGACAACAUCUAUCAACGCAUCGUGGAGCAUGUCAGUAAAGUGGCGAGCACUCCCGUGCCCGUGAAUGCGAUGCAGCAGCAGGCGUACAUGGAGCAGAACAAGACGCUUUCGUCUGCAGGUGGUGAUUGGAAAGAGAGGGGGACGCUGCCUCCUAGUCUCACUACUGCAAGCAUGGUCGCAGGUGCACCACCCGUCUUUGACAAGGACGAGGGCUUCCCUCCAGAAUACGCCAUGAAGAUGCAGAGCCUGGAAUGUCUUAUCGAAGCGCUCAGGAGUAUGGCGCAAUGGAGCCAACAUAGUACCCCAGACGGCUCACUCAGCCAUGUGGCAGUUGACGCCGACGGUCGACCAUCAGUCGAGGAGAUUCGGGAGAGCAUCGACACGAGGGGUGGCGAAUCCAUUGUCUCUGCGCUAUCUGGGUUGGAGCAGACACCUGGCGUCGAAACACCACCACCCAUGUCCGAUGAUCCGGCGGAGCUCGAGAAAGUCAAGGCGAGAAAGACGGCGUUGAAUAACGCUAUCCGACAGUUCAACUUCAAGCCCAAGAGAGGAAUCAAACAAUUGAUCUCGGACGGGUUCAUUCCAUCCAGUGAUCCGAGCGCGAUCGCAAGCUUCUUGCUGAGUAGUGAGCGGAUCAACAAGAAGUCUUUGGGCGAAUACCUAGGCGAGGGGGAAGAGGACAACAUUAAGAUCAUGCACGCCUUCGUCGACGCGAUGGAUUUUGCACGCACUCGGUUUGUGGAUGCACUCAGGCGCUUUCUGCAGAGUUUCCGACUCCCUGGCGAAGCACAAAAGAUCGAUCGGCUGAUGCUGAAGUUUGCGGAGAGGUACUGCAGCGGGAACCCGAACGCCUUUGCAAACGCCGAUACUGCUUACGUUCUGGGCUAUUCGGUCAUCAUGUUGAACACCGAUCAACAUUCCGCCCAGGUGAAGGUGCGCAUGACGGUGGAAGACUUUAUCAAGAACAACCGUGGGAUCAACGACAAUGCGAAUUUGCCGGAUGAGUAUUUGACGGGCAUCUACGAAGAGAUUCAACGGAACGAGAUUGUCCUGGACACCGAGCGUGAGAAUGAGGCGAAUCUGCGCGGUGCGCUACCUCAGCCAAGUAAUCAGGGAGGCCUUGCCAGCGUCAUUGGUUUCAGGCGCGACGCCGGCCUGCACGCCACCGCACAAGCAAGUGAGGAAAUGUCGAACCGCACGGAGCAAUUGUACAGGAGCAUUCUGCGAACCCAGAAGCGUGGGGGCGUUGUUGCGAAUUCGCGAGGAAGAUUCAUGUCUGCGCUCAAGUCGCAACAUAUCGGGCCGAUGUUCAAUGAAACCUGGAUGAGCUUCUUGACCGCACUAUCGGGAUGCGCACAAGAGACCCAGAACAUCGAGACCAUUCGGCUAUGCAUGGAAGGGCAGAAGCUGGCGAUCAAGAUUGCCUGCCUGUUCGAUCUUGCGGAUCCACGACAAGCUUUUGUCGCGAGUCUGGCGCGCAGCACGAACUUGUACAACUUGAGCGAGAUGAAGGCGAAGAACGUGGAGGCGUUAAAGGUCUUACUGGAUAUUGCGCAUACCGAGGGCAAUCUGCUCAAGGAAAGCUGGCGAGACAUCCUCACGUGUAUCUCGCAGCUCGAUCGGUUCCAGCUGAUCUCCAGUGGCGUGGAAGAGGGCGCCGUUCCGGACGUGAUGCGCACGCAGAGCGGUACACAGCCGAAUGGAGUUUCACGAAAAGGCGCAGCUGCGCCUCGGAGAUCGACCAACAGACCACCCACUGGUGGGAACUACCAAAGUGAGAUUGCCGAAGAAAGUCGAAGUGCAGAUAUGAUACGCGGCGUGGACAAGAUCUUCACCAACACCGCCAACCUAUCGGGAGAGGCGAUUGUGCACUUUGUGCGUGCCCUGACUCAGGUCAGCUGGCAGGAGAUUCAGAGCUCCGGCCAAAGCGACAGCCCGCGGACAUACAGUCUCCAGAAGCUCGUGGAGAUUUCCGCAUACAACAUGCUGCGCGUGCGCUUCGAGUGGAACAACAUCUGGCAGAUUCUUGGGCAACACUUCAUCGAUGUCGGGUGCCACAAUAACACCCACGUCGUCUUUUUCGCGCUCAACAGUCUGCGCCAGCUGAGUAUGCGGUUUAUGGAGCUCGAGGAAUUGCCCGGCUUCAAAUUCCAGAAGGACUUCCUCAAGCCGUUUGAGUUCAUCUUGAGCAACGCCAAUCAAGUCGCGGUCAAGGACAUGGUGCUCCGAUGCUUGAUCCAAAUGAUCCAGGCGAGGGGCGACAUGAUCCGCAGCGGCUGGCGUACAAUGUUUGGCGUCUUCACCGUCGCUGCGAAGGAGCCUUACGAGGCCAUCGUCAACCUGUCCUUUGAGAACGUCACUCAGGUCUACAACGACCGCUUUGGGGUUGUUGUUAGCCAAGGAGCGUUUGCGGAUCUUAUUGUGUGCCUGACGGAGUUCAGCAAGAAUAUGCGAUUUCAAAAGCGAUCUUUGCAGGCCAUUGAGACGCUGCGAUCCAGCGUUCCCAAGAUGCUUCGAACUCCGGAAUGCCCGCUCAGCUGGAAGGCGCCGGGGACAAAGGACAAGCCGCAAGCCGAGAACAUUCCCAAGCAGCCGAGUCGUCAGACCGAAGAAGAGCAGUUCUGGUUCCCGGUUUUGUUUGCGUUCCAUGAUGUCCUCAUGACGGGUGAGGAUCUGGAGGUGCGAAGUCGCGCGCUGAACUACUUGUUUGAAACGUUGACGAGGUAUGGUGGCAAUUUCCCGCGAGACUUUUGGGAUACGCUGUGGCGACAACUCUUGUACCCGAUCUUCAUGGUGCUUAAAGAUCGCAAGGCUCUCAACCAUGAGGCGGCGAAUCAUGAGGAGCUCUCGGUGUGGCUCAGCACUACCCUGAUCCAGGCCCUGCGCAACAUGAUCAGCCUCUUCACGCACUUCUUCGAAAGUCUGGAGUACAUGCUGGAUCGCUUCCUCGAUCUCUUGGCCCUGUGUAUCUGUCAGGAGAAUGACACUCUGGCACGGAUCGGCAGCAAUUGCUUGCAACAGCUGAUCUUGCAAAAUGUGACCAAGUUCCAACCUCUGCACUGGGAGCAGAUUGUGGGGUCAUUCGUGGAUCUCUUUGCCAGGACAGAGGCUCGAGAGCUCUUCUCAGCCGCCACGUCGAGCUCGUACGAGAAGCGAGAAGGGUCAUUCAGCAAUGGCAUCGUGGCCGAAGGCGCAAAAUCACCGUCCGAAGACGUCACGCCGCUGUUCGCAAACCACGCAUUACAAGCAAACGGCACUCCAACCGGCAAAGAAGAACACACUUCCCCCGCCCUCCGAACAGAAGACGCCCUCUCCCUCUCCACCGAUGCCGAACGCGCCCUCUCCCCAGCCCCCAGCAAACCCCACCCCUCCGAACUCGAAGACUUCAACUCGACCAGCAGCAAGCCCGCGGCGCCCAUCGUCGUCACCGCCGCGCGCCGCCGCUACUUCAACCAAAUCAUCACCAAAUGCGUGCUGCAGCUCCUCAUGAUCGAGACGGUGUCGGAGCUGUUCAACAACGACGCCGUCUACGACCGCAUCCCCUCCCAUCUCCUCCUCCGCUUGAUGUCGCUGCUCAAGAAAUCCUACCACUUCGCCAAGCGCUUCAACGAGGACCGCGACCUGCGCACCCGCCUCUUCUGCGAGGGCUUCAUGAAGCAGCCGCCCAACCUGCUCAAGCAGGAGUCCGGCUCCGCGUCGGUGUACGUCCUCAUUCUGCUGCGCAUGUACAGCGACGGGAGCGACGAGCGCGCCGCUUCCCGGCCUGAGACGGAGGCGGCGCUCAUCCCGCUUUGCAACGACAUCGUGCUCUCCUACCUGAGUCUCGACGAGGAGACGCAGCAGCGCAACAUCGUCACCUGGCGCCCCGUCGUGGUGGACGUGCUGGAAGGCUUGAAUGCGUUUCCCGAAGCGGAUUUUGGCCGCUUGGUCGAGACGUUUGCGCCGCUCGCUGUCGGGCUUAUGAGUCGCGAGAUGGGGCCGGAGUUGCAGCGCGCGGUGCAGGGGUUUUGGUUGAAGGUUUGUGAGGUGCGCUUGGGGAUUGAGAGGGGGUUGAUGGAGGUGGGCAUGCCGGCGCUCGGGAGUCCGAGUUCGCCUACUUUGAGGGGAGGAGGGGGGUUUGGGAUGCAGAGGAGGAUGAGUAGGCAGAGGUAG